AACCUUGGCGCCGUGACGCUGGUUUCCGGCGGGCUCCUUAGAGCGCUGAACAUCUUCGGGCUGUAGGACCAUGAGAGGGCCGGAGCCCGGUCCCGAACCUACGAUGGAGGGGGACGUGCUGGAUACGCUAGAGGCGCUGGGGUAUAAGGGACCACUGUUAGAAGAGCAAGCCCUUACCAAGGCAGCAGAGGAUGGACUGUCUUCACCUGAAUUUUCAGAGCUCUGUGUUUGGUUAGGCUCUCAAAUAAAAUCAUUGUGCAGCUUGGAAGAAAGUAUCACUUCAGCUGGGAGAGAUGAUCUAGAAAGCUUCCAGCUUGAGAUAAGUGGCUUUUUAAAAGAAAUGGCAUGUCCAUAUUCUGUACUUAUAUCAGGAGAUAUUAAAGACCGUUUAAAAAAGAAGGAUGACUGUUUGAAACUUCUAUUAUUUUUAAGUACAGAGCUUCAAGCUUUACAGAUAUUACAGAACAAGAAAUGUAAAAAUUCUCAAUUAGAUAAAAAUAGUGAAAUUUAUCAGGAAGUUCAAGCUAUCUGUGAUACCCUUGGUGUUCCUAAGUCAGCAGCUUCUGACAUUCCGCUUAUGCUAAACCAAGUGGAAUCAAAGGUGAAAGAUAUUCUCUCAAAAGUCCAGAAAAAUCAUGUGGGCAAACCACUGCUGAAAAUUGAUUUAAAUCUGGAACAGGCGGAAAAACUGGAAAGAAUCAAUGAUGCUCUUUCCUGUGAAUAUGAGUGCCGCCGGCGGAUGUUGAUGAAACGGUUAGAUGUAACAGUGCAGUCUUUUGGAUGGUCUGAUAGAGCAAAGGUAAAAACAGAUGACAUAGCAAGAAUUUAUCAGCCUAAGCGUUAUGCUUUGUCACCCAAGACAACAAUAACUUUGGCCCAUCUACUUGCUGCUCGUGAAGAUCUGUCAAAGAUCAUCAGGACAAGCAGUGGCUCCAGCCGGGAGAAGACAGCAUGUGCCAUUAAUAAGGUGCUGAUGGGAAGGGUACCUGACAGGGGAGGACGGCCGAAUGAAAUUGAACCACCACCACCUGAGAUGCCCCCUUGGCAGAAGAGACAAGAAGGCGGUGGAAGGGGUGGCUGGGGUGGUGGAGGUGGUGGUAGAGGAGGUGGUGGGGGUGGAAGAGGUGGUUGGGGAGGUGGAGGAGGUUGGGGAGGGGGUGGGGGAGGGGGAGGGGGUGGCAGAGGCGGAGGUUUCCAAGGCAGGGGAGAUUAUGGUGGGAGGGGAGAUUAUGGUGGAAGAGGGGGCUAUGGUGGAAGAGGGGGCUAUGGUGGAAGAGGUUAUGGAGAUCCAUAUGGAGGUGGUGGUGGAUAUAGAAGAUAUUAAAAACUACAGGAUGUAGAUAGCAGUGCUUACUUCUUGAUAGACACAUUAGACAUAGUGUUCUAAACAACUACUUGAAUGUCAUCUUUGAAAUAACCACCAUGUUAGACUCCCUGAUGAUACCAUUCUUGAAUUGGGUUUAAUAUGUAAAGAGCAUUGUUUUAUACUAUUUGAUCUCUUAGAGUGAUGAAUUUUUCCAUAUUCUGUGUACCCUGGAGCAUGUUAUGUCUUUUUAAAAAACAAAAAAAAAGCAAAAGUUAUUUUUAAAAAUGUAAAUAUAUUAUUACCAUCAGACUGGGAAAAUGGAAAGUAUUUUAUUGUCAUUGACUGAAUUUAGAUUGUUACCUGUAUUUUAUUCAGGUUUGAGACACAUACAUGACCCCACUUAUAAUGGAAAGGAAUAUAGACUAUUGCCUUAUCUGUAUUCCUGUGGCUGUGUUUUGUAUUUGUUAAUUCUACUUUACAAAAUAGGGAAGGGGACUGAUAGUUGUGUUCAGUAGGUGGUUGUCAUGACUUGUUUUUUUCUUUUAUAUGAGCAAUUCCUCUGGCCAGGUUGCUGUUAAAGUUCCAUUAAUUGAA